UCAUCAGUGGCGGAUUUAUGAAUUUUACAUAGGCGUGUCCUCUCUUAAAAAUUAAAUUUAAUUAAUAAUUAAGUUAAAUCAUUAUUAAAUAUGAAAUUAUCCGACUAGUAAAAGUUACAAUAAAAUUUCAAACGUGUUUCGUAUUAUGAAAAAUUAUAAAAUGCAUUUUUUAUCUACAAUGCUCAACAAAUCUCUCUCAACAUAUAUCCUAAUAGACAAGGAUAUCCCGUAAUUGAGUUUAAUCAUCAGGUUUUGAAAAUAUUUUGGGAUAAGAAUAGUUACUAUUAAUCCAAAGGGCUAGUUACUGGCUAAAUUUCCAAAGUUAGAUAAUUUGACUACCUAUCAAGUUUUUAAUUUAUUUUAUUUUAGCAGUGUAGCAAAAUAACGUAUGACAUUUCUAUUGAAUGCAUGUAAGAGAAAUUUCAUAACUGUUAACAUGUCACGACUGAGAUGACUAUGUGUGCUCAGUUCGUUUACAAGAAUAUGUCAUUUUGAUAUGAUCGUACAGUAGUCGGAGUUCAAAUUACUCAUGAUUUCACCUUCUUCAGUAUUUUUUUUUUUAAUACUAUGAUCGAUUUCUUGUUACUAUUGUACUGAAUAUUUUCGUAUAUAAUCAUUGUAAGCCAAUAAUGUGUCCUUGUUCUGUCUUCUUUCACAUUUUAUCUGAACAGUCUUCAGAAAACUAUUGUCACUAUGGAGAAAAUAUUCUCAAUAAUUAAGCAAACCGGUUAUUUUGGCUUUUAUCCAUUUGAGACUUGAUAAUGUAGACAGCAUCAUUGUGGUGAGUUCCGGAAGCAAAGCAAGUGCCCCGAUUCCUCUCCUAGUCGGCAGCUCCUCCCACUACUUCCAAAUCUCCAUCACUUCACACCCUUAAUCCCCAUUAAUAAAAUUAUAUAUGUCACCCCUAGAUUGCCAUAAUUUACAGCUAGUCAAUCAUGAUAAUGAAAAUAUCAAUGCUCAUAAAUAUCAAUCACGUGUUGCGAGCGACCUGAUAAUGAAAAUAUCAAUGUUCAUAAAUAAACUGAUCAACCAUACUAUGAAAAGGCAAACCAAUUAGUGCUACAGAGGUCUUCAUACCCCAAGUCGACGUCGUGGAUAGUGCUCUAAAGAUAAUGAACCCAUACUUGUACCUGAAAGGUCAACCAGACAUUCGGAGCAGCCAACAUGUGUUGAUUUACUCGUAAUGAGCAAAUAACUACUUUUGAUGUUCCGACGUCUUUUCUACUUCGCCAAGCUCAAAGUCCACAAUAAUUUAUUCACACGAUUUAUAGAGUGAUAAACUAAUAGUGCAAAUUGUUAUUUAUAGAGGUUUAUAUAUCAUAUAUGUUGCUAUUAAAUCAUGGUUAAGUGAUAACAAUCUUUGUUCGGUUAUGAAAUCUUUCUAGUGGUGGAAUCUUGUUCCAAUACUAAUAAGGUAUUGAUAACCGGUCGUCUACUUUAAUUUUCCAGUCGAACACUAAUCUUCUUUGUAAUGGUACAAUUUUGUCAUCAUGCCGACCAUUUUUUGCGACCAGUCGAUCAACAUCUUUCUUUGUAACGGUGCAAUUGAACCAUUCAAUUUUGACCAUUUUUUAAGAACAAAUCAACCAUUGUGUCCAAAUCACAGUGACUUAUAUGAUUUAACCAAUAUAUAACUAAUAUAUGGUUCACAAACAAAAAUUAUGAACCGAGAGUAUGGAACUAACAGAUAACUAAAUGGUCUUUGUCUCUUGGAUGACAGAUAAUUACAUCUCUUGAAUAAUACUUCCAUAAUCAUACUUUAGCUAAGCUUAAUCCCCAUAUGUUCAGGCAGUAGGACCCAAUCCUACACCCGACUCCAGACAGUAACACUCUCCCUCGAUCUCAACCGUCCAGAUCGAACUUAAACUUCAAUCCUACGGCCCACUUCCCUCCUCCCUCCUCUAUAUAAUCCCUUCCCUCCUCGCUCCUUGCUCCCUAACUCAGAGCCAGCCUCCUGAAAACUGAAUUCCAUUUCUCUGCCGUCUCCUCCUCUCACUUCCCUCGCCGGGAAAGUUUUUUUUUUUCUCUUCCAAAACACAAGAACAUAAAAAUGGCAUCUCUCACUUUUUCCCUCCGGAUUCUGCUGGUCUCCACCGCCGUUUUGUCCGCCGGCGUGGUGGUCAAAUCCUCUGUUCCAUUGGUGAGAGAUUUCUCCGCAUACAGAGCUCCGGUGCUCUGGAGCUCGAUCUCCUCGUGGCUCAGGCCUCCUUACCUCUACUUCGUCAUCAACUGCAUCAUCAUCACCAUCGCCGCCACCUCGCGGUUCCACCACGGCCACGGCGAAGAAGAUGAUCAGCAGCCGCGGAAGGUGGAGGCUGUGGCGGUGGUGCGGCCAGAUUUCGACGAGGUAAAGGUUUCCAAUAUUGUUCUCGCUGCUCGUUCUAUCAAUUACGGCGGAGCGGCGGAGGAGAGGCCGCGGAUGAAGACGGUGGCGUUGGAUGCCGAUUCUGGAUUAAUGUUCGAGGAUAAGCAGACUGUAACCGUGCUACCGUGUGACGAGGAUGAUUUCGUGAUCUCGAGAUCCGAAUGGAUUCCGCCGAAGAAGAAUCCGACGAGAAUCGACUCGUCGGAGAAAUUUCUACAGGAGGCUCUGUCCCUAGUGCCGGCUGCUGAGAAACCCCUCGUUUCCGCUCGAUUCGUUCACCGGAAGCCGGUCAAAGUCAAUACUCCCGAAGGUGGGAGAGCGUUGAGGAGGGUGUCGCAGUCCAAGCCGAAGCGCCACGACACGCUGGAGAACACGUGGAAGAUGAUAACGGAAGGUCGUCCAAUUCCGUUGAACAGGCACCUCAAGAAAUCGGACACGUGGGAGAAUCACGGCCGUCAUCACGUCAACGUACCGGAAUCUUCUUCCCUCGACGACCCGAGUCCACCGCCGGCAGCGUUGGUGAAGAAAUCGGAGACGUUUAAGGACAGGACCAACCAGCUCCCCCCGUUGAGCGGGGGGACGCCGUCGCCGGCGGCGACGGCGGGAGGGGAGAGGAGGCUGAAGAAGGAGCCGUCGCUGGGUCAGGACGAGUUGAAUCGCCGAGUUGAGGCGUUCAUCAACAAGUUCAACGAGGAGAUGAGGAUGCAGAGGCAGGAGUCAAUAAACCGGUACAAGGAGAUGGUUAGCCGUGGAAGCAAUUAAUAUGUGAAAUUGCAUUUGAAAUUUUUUUUUCCUAUUAAACGGUGGAAAAAGAUAAGAGAUCAAUGGGGUGUUGGGUAUUAUUAUGAUUAUAUAUGGGAAUUAUACCAAUAGUGAAAUUUUGGUUUUUUGUUUUGAAUUUUGGGAUGUUCAUGUUUGAAUUUCUAUUCUAAUUAGGUUUAGGGAGGAGUAAAAGAAGAAAAAGAGGUUGAAUAUUUUGGCUCUGUGUGGCAUGUAAAUUACUGACAUUUUAGUGGUUGAUUUUAUAAGAAUGGGUCAAGAUAUAUAAAUUGUCCCAAUUAGUUGUUUUUUUAUCAAAAUAAGUUUAGAGGGGCAUGGUUCAGUAUGAAUAACCAAAUGUAAUAGUAUGUAUGCAACCAGACUAAUGAUAAAAUGGAGUUUGUUUUGUUACAAAAGCGUAUCGAGCUCUAUGAAAGUUUCAAAGAGUAAAAUGACAUGAACUAAACGAGAAAGUAGAAAGAAGAGUAUAGACCUCAUCUAGAAGAACUUCGGAUAAAUCGAUAACUGAACAGUGUAGCAAAAAUCUAAUGUGCAGCACUCCUAGACCAUGGCCCAGAUCUCGCGUAUGAGAAGCCAUUGUGUAAGUGUCUAAAUUUGAAAACGAAGGAAUAAGACCCUCCAAAAAUAAAUGAAGAUGCUCCGAAAGGAAACUACAAGUCUACCAUAAGAAGUAAAAACAUACCUAUGAAGAAUCAUCGGAAUUUUCGAAAGCAACGUUGUGAAACGAAUAUAAGAGAAACAAUUCGGUUAUUGGUAAUAACAGUAAAUAACAGUGACCGACAAAUGUGUCAUCCAUCCCAUCUACAAUUAAACCAAACAAACGUCAACAUUGAUUUCAAUGUAGUCAAUAUCACGCUUUAAAACUUAAAACUUUACGAUUUUACAUUUAUAGGUCAGCAAAACACUUUUUUUGUAGACUCGCACUUUGGCUGCAUUGAUUAAUUUACUAUCAAACUAACUUAACACUCACGCCUAAUUAUAGUAAUUAGUAAACUACAAACCGAAAACAUUAAAACUAAAAUUUGUUUGCUUCUAUUUUGGAAAUAGCCAAAUAGCACAUGAAUUGGUUCUUUUUCUAUGAACGAAACACGUUAUCGUGGUUAAUUAAUCCCAAAGGAUGCUAAUCAGUAAUCAAUCUGAAAUUGGGGUAGAUGGAUAUCUCGAUACUAAUAUUCAUCUUUGAUAGGUUUGGUAAUUUAUUUUGGAACAUGGUUGGGGACAUAUCGAUUUAUAUGAGUGGGCAAUUCAAACAGAAAACAUGAGAAACUUUAUUAUAACUAUUUGAGCUAAAAAAAAAAGUAAAAUGCUAACUAACUUGAGUAAAAUUACAUGUAAUCUCGACAAAAACGAAUUAAUAACAAGUUGAGUCAGAAUAUAUCAAGUCGAAGAGAGUAUUCAUGACUGCCCUACUUUAUCCACAACCUUUGACAUUACCAAUUUCAGAUGCGAUCAAACAAAUCGAAGAAAACCGGUCAUAUCAAAAUUGACAUCCUAAAAGCCAUAACACUUCUACUCUGUCGUUGCGAGACUACAUCUGGUGACACGAGGAGUUGGACGGAGACGACGACGUCUAUAGCGGGAAAUUGAUCAUCAAGUGCGGAAACAGGCUUGGACCGCCAAAACUCUUCUUCGCUCAGAAACGACUGGGCCGGGCCAUAUUUUCGAUCCGCGGGCUCAAUUAAAGUCGUUACGGACCUAACUGAAAGAAGCAUUCUUGGCCCAUAUCUCAGGACCUGAAAACGUCAAACUUGUCACCGAUUCCCGAGUCGGUCUUUAUAGCUUGGCACCAUCAACGAUUUGGUCAGAAACCAACCACAUAUUUUUGUUUAAAAACUCGCAACUACUGCUCCCACUUUUGACAUAAAGCCAUUCGCCUUUU